ACGAGGCACGCGCACCCACCACCCCAAUCGAGUGCCCACGCAGCCACGCUCCGCCUCCAGUCUCCCCUCAUUAAUUCCUCUCCUCUGCCCUCCUCAUCACCUUCGAUUCCCUCGCUCUGUAUCUGCACCUGUAUCUACUCAAAAGAAGCGAAAGGGGGAAUAAAAAUCAAAGACGGCCACGGUGAAGCUGGCGAAAAGAAGACCGGUAAAAAAACCCGUCCUUUAUAAACUCCUCUGCCCCUUGCUCCUCCUCGCCAUUGCACUUGCACAGCAGCUCAACGUCUCGUUUUCUAGUCCCAUUUUCCAUUCAGCUCUUCUGCCUCUCUGUGUUUGCUUCAUUUCAUAACCAAACUAGAUCUUGCAUAUACACUUGGAGAGCCAGAUAGAUAGAUCGCAGAGGAGGCGAGGAGUGAAACAGAGGAGCAGGCAGGAUGCCGUGGGCGGGCUUCCACGUCCGGCUGGUCGUCUUCUUCCGUGUCAUCGUGUGAGUAGCACUGUAGCAGCAGCAGCAGCGGGAUGCAUGUGAGCUCUGCCACGCUGAUCAAGCCGGACUUGGACGGGAGGGGCUCACCGGGGGCGCGCGCGCCUGAGAAUGUGCGUUGUGCCCAACGGGAGGUGCAGGAGCAGCAAGGCGUGCGCUGACACGGUGAUGAGAAGUGGUGCCAUCGCGUACUACCACACGCAGAGCAGGGUUUGCUAGGUGCUUGAUCAUGUAUUGCCUCUCUGCUCCUCUUCCUCUUCUCGUUACAUUCGUUUUGUACUACUACUAAUCUCUAGCUGACAGCCUCCCUGGUUCGUGCUGUGAAUCAUUUCCUGUGUCUCAAUGAUAUUGGGUUCUGAGUCAGCCAAAUGCAUGUUUCAUCAUAGAAUAGUGGCGGUGGUUACCAUCUUGAAAAUAACAUCAUAUUGUGCAGCCGUGCUUGUGUUACUAUCAGUAUCAGCCAUGCCCUGUGAUAGAGCUGACUUAACUCCCAGUAUUUCCACUAAUGAUCUUAAUGAAUAAGUCAUCUUGUACCCUGAUCCUUUGCGCAUCUAGUUUGCACGCUACCUAGUCUUUGAAUAAUCCAGAUUUUCCGUCUUGUGCCGCCCAUUCCUGGACACGGAGUGGAGUAGGUCGUACGAUAUGCAUGCAAUGAUCUUUCGAUUCACGCGCGUAGGUGAGCGAGUGCGCCGGCUGCACGCGUUCCAAAUCUCGGCAUGCCUUCUUUUCCGAAAAAUCCUAUGCUUCGCCGUAGGCACUUUUGGUCUUUCUGCUUGUGCCCCGGUGCUGCUAGCCUGCUACUCCUAGUCUUUUCGUGUGAUUGGGUUGGAACCUUUAAAUAUUGCAGCAGCAGUAGGGGCACUGCUGUGAUGUAUGCAUUGCAGGAUUUGCAGCUUGCUUUUGGCCUCUCGUGCUUGCUUGUCCCCUUUUUCCUCCCUCGCAAAAACCGUUAGCUCUCUGCGUGCAGUUGUCUCCGGGCAUACAUACCCACCCCCCUGCUCGUGUUGUGUUGUGUGGUAGGCCAAAACUGGUACCGAACUACCAAUUGCUUGGCUUGUACAAGGAUGGCACAGUGGAAUUGCACUUGAGUUUGCAUCGCCAUUGUUGCCUGUUCUAAUAAGUGUUGCCGAGUACUUCCGUCAUCUCCUCAAGCCUGUGACGUAGGUAGGUUGGCCAUUGCAAAACCCUCCCUUCUUCAGACAGCUUCAGAAGGAAACAGAGGGUUGGAGUUUCUUAAGCAAGACAGGUCGUGCCAAGAGUCGGAAGACAACAAGGCGUGAUGCAGGGAGGCCACGGAUACUACGGCGGCAGGGACUCCCCGCCGCAGGGGUAUGGCUACGGUUACGGUGGCUACGGCUACGAUGCCGGCGGGUACAGCUCCGCGGGCGGGUACUGCUCCAACGGCUACCCGUCGGCGGCCCCGACAUACGAGGACCCGCUCGUCGCCGGGCGGAGGGCGCACGACUUCCCGGCGCCGCUGAACGGGCUCGAGUUGCAGCCGUCGGAGACGUGCCCCAAGAACUACGUCAUCUUCGACCAGACGUGCACCAAGAGCCGGGUCAUGUUCCACCCCUCCCUGGCGCACAAGCUCGGGGGUUCGUCCGCCUGUUACGGCGGCGGGGGCGACGCGCAUGACGUCGGGAAGGGCGCGUACAGGGACAACAACGACUACGACGACAGCUGCUCGGUGCGGCAGAAGGAGGACACGGACGAGAUCGACGCGCUGCUGAGCUCGGAGGACGGCGACGAGGACGAUGUGGUGAGUACGGGCCGCACCCCGGGCUACCGGGACGGGACCUCCCCGGACUCCACGUGCUCGUCCAGCUACGGCGGCGGCGGCGGCAAGCCGAGGCCCAAGAAGGACCGGAUGAAGAAGAUGAUGCGGACGCUCAAGGGCAUCAUCCCCGGCGGCAACCAGAUGGACACGCCGGCCGUGCUGGACGAGGCCGUCCGGUACCUCAAGUCGCUCAAGGUGGAGGCCAAGAAGCUCGGCGUGCGCGGCUCCGACAGCUAGCUGAUCGAGUACGUACGUACUGACAUCGGCAAUGCAAUCCGAAUCGAUGGCAUCGGCACGAGGCAGCAAUAGCAGCUUAGUUAGUGCUCUUUCCGCAGCGCUAUGAUCUGGCUGAACUCUUUUAGUGCACUCUACUUUUGGCCACGGGCUUUAUGCUCUCCGUCCAUGAUGAGAGCAUGGGGCACAGAGACAGAAGGAGGCAAUUGGCAGAGACUCAAGGUUGUACUACUAGCUAUUGAUUCGCUUUGGUUGUAGUGGAGAGAGAUGAUGAAAUGGCCGGUCGGAAUCAAGUGGGCGCAAGGCAGCGCAGGGCAUGGCAGGAGAUCGAAGGGGAGCAACGCAUGCAUGCAUGUUUGGCUGCUUGAUCGCUUCCCCUCUUCCAUUCCUCUGCUGCUCCUAUCCUGCCUCGUGGGGCUUAGUGGUGCUUGGGUCCCCCUCCCCUCCUCUUUUGCUUGUAAGCCCCCGCAGGACAGGAGGAGACUGGAUGGAUGAUGAGUGAUGCGAUGCCCCUGUGCCCCUGCCUGGUUUCGUUGCUUUGCUUUUCAGUUGCUGCCGCGUUUGUCUUGUUUCAUUUGAUCCAUAUAUCCAUCCAUGGUCCACGCACGCAUAUAUGCAUG